AACUUGCCGGUAGUGCAUGCUGCUGUCGCGUGUAUGUAGUCUUACCUCGGAGAGGACCAGACGUCUAAGUGGCUCGAAGGCGGGUGCAGAGAGAAGGUACCGGUGUUUGGACGUGAAACUGAAAUACCCAGUCAUGUUGGAAGCAGGAGAGCACAAUUAUUCCUACGUGUUCAACUUCGAACGAGAAUGGAACGAGCUGACAUUUUGGAAGUACAUGAUAGACCGAUGGACCGAUAGCUUCACCUACUCGACAAUUUAUGUGUUUAUUAUAUUCGUCGGCCAGUGGUACAUGAGGCAACGCCAACGGUUUGAACUACGACCAAUCUUAGCACUGUGGAGCGGCACCCUAGCUAUAUUCAGUAUCGCUGGAGCGGUUCGAACCCUACCCGAAUUAUUGUCAGCCGUGAAAAACCAUGGGCUACAGCAUUCCGUGUGUGUACCGACAUACUUCAAAGGCGUGACCGCAUUUUGGUCAUUCAUGUUUACCGUAUCGAAGGUAUACGAACUGGGCGAUACCAUAUUUAUCGUUUUACGAAAGCAGCAGUUGAUUUUCUUACAUUGGUACCAUCACAUUACCGUCCUUAUCUACGUGUGGUACAGUUACACCGAUCACACGGCCCCAGGACGGUGGUUCAUGGUGAUGAAUUAUAUCGUUCAUUCCUUGAUGUACUCCUACUACGCCCUACGAGCAAUGAGAUUCUCAAUACCCAAGUCUAUCAGCAUGGUAGUGACGGGUCUACAGUUGGUGCAGAUGAUUGUAGGGUGCAUCAUCAAUAUUUGGAUUUACUACAUCAAACUGGAUGGCCAGUACUGCCAACAGACCUUCGAGAAUUUGAGGUACUCAUCAAUGAUGUAUUUCAGUUACUUUGUAUUAUUCGCCAAUUUCUUUUACAACGCUUAUAUAGAUAAGCGCAAUUUAAGAAAAAAGGCAGUAUGAAAAGACACGUGUUUUAUGUGGACUUAAUAUUAACUGUUAAAUUUUGAAAAAGUGAUGCAUCUUAUUCCUCAGGACUGCAAUAGUUUCUAUUCUACAUUGCUUUAUCUACCCGCGUGGUUUGCAUAUCAUGUCACGAGCCCCUCAGCCGAGAUACAAAUCUACUGCUGAUAAUCUUCCGACCUUGGAUGACCCAAAGUGAUCCUGACCUCCGACCCUGAGGCGACACUCGACCAAACGUACGAUGUCCCGAACGAAGACAAGAAGUGGACAGUGGCCAGGGUAAACGGUUUACGAGAUGAUUUCAGAUUUCGUCAGUGAACAGAAACCACUCACAUUUGUAAGAUUGUAUUUUCUGGUGUCAUUUCAUUUUAACAAACGUGCCAGCAACGUCUUGGCCAGUGUGCUGGCUGUAAAUACAAAUCGCUUGUGUAUGUCCUCGUUAACAUGCUUUUGUUAGGAUACGUCUUGCUGGCGUUAUGAAUGUAUGUCUAUCCCAGAUAUACUAUGUGAAUCUGCAGUUGGUUAGAUCAUGCAGUGAGUAUCAAAUGUCAGAACAAUUGUUAGAGACUUAUUUUGUGUUUCACAGGAGUUAACAUGGAUCGCAUUAUGUUAAGGCUUACAUCUCCACGGCAUUUAUAAGCUGCGUUAUGUAAUAGUACGUUUUAUGGAAUUGACAUUUACUUAUGAAAGCAUUCAAUGACCAAGCUAUUGUGUAUAAUUGGCGUUGUUAAUGUUAACGUUUUGUUAAGGAGUUCACUCCAAGUGCUAACGAAUUGUGUAUCUUCUAAAGGGACAUAACCCCGGGUAUAUAAUGUACAGAGUUUCACAUUUCAUAGCGGUUAGUCCCAAAUCCCUGACAAGUUAUGUAUGGAAACAACGCGUCUCCUUUAGAAUAUAUGGGUUCAGAUUUCACAAAAAUAUAAUGUUUGUUUUUCAUAUGUUGAGAUCAAAGUAACUGGUAUUCUGAAACCUCUAGUAUUGUGACCAACAGAAAGCUGUAUGGACUGUAACAGUAAAUGUGUAUUACAUUCAGUGGAUCUAGUAAAGGCAGUGUAGUUUCCAUCAUAUUAACUCUUGUUACUCUUUAAACGGCUGUUUUGUCAUUACAUAUGAAUACUGAUGUUAUUACCCACAGUAUUACUAAGAGAUGAUUGUGCAGCAUUUAAAAUGAAGUGUUUCCAUAAAAAAGGUUGCAUUAGUAGUUAACAGCUCAUUUUAACAUAUACUUUGGGGUUACUUUAUAGCCCGUAGUCUGACAUAAGUGGUGAUUUGGGCAGUGGGAAGAGAAUCAUGUUGGCUAUUACCAAGGUAUACUGUCACGGAAGUGAUGUUUGUAUCCGUUUCAAAUAGUUUUGAUUGGAAGAAUAUACGUUGGCAUAUUUACAACAGAUCACGUGACAUGUGAUUCUAUUUUCACAGUUUGUACUUGUGUCACCUGAAAUCGUGAUAAACUUCCGGGAUGUUUCAGGUGUAGCCAUGCAUGUCCAUCAUUGUCCCGUAAUGUUACAUCAGCGCACACGAUAUCAAUACAAUUGGUAACAGUUAAUAAUGGCAGUUGAUAGAAAUGUAUAUUUUAACAUGGUACUAACUGCUAUCCCUUUAGAAUACCAUGUGUUGGAAACGUAGAAUGGAAUAUGCUACAAUUAUUGAAAUCUGAAUGAGUUCACAGCUGAAUUAUUCCUUUCAGUUCCGUUGUACUAUUUGUGCUGUAUUAAUAUUUUGCGCAAUCUUUCGGUCAGUAUAGAUUCUGAAAUGUGCAAUCCAUGACAACCUAGUAAAAUACAUGUUUAGUUCGUCAAGAUAAACAAUAGAAAUCUGUUUUCCAAUGUCAUGAAUUCCAGUCGAAUGAUUUACAAAGAUGUGCAUCAGUCUUUAACAAAACUAUUGUAGAUGCCAAUUCACCAGCUGGAUGGUAUUUAAUCCAUGCAAUGGUAUUGCAAUGUUCUGUAUGGAAGCGAGCCUCGGCGCUAUCGAUUUGAUAUUGACGUAGACUUCGCCCUAGAGUGUGCUGCCAGUCAGUUGCUCUACCAUGCAAUGUACAUCCUUGCUGAGAAGCUGAUCCCGAUGGAAAAUGUGCAAUGUAUGUGUCUCUCCGAUUCUGAAUCAGCAUGUCAGUGUAUAUGUAGGUAUAAUUUAUAUGUAAAUUUGUUCAAUGAAAAUUAGGCGCCGUGCAUAGUAAUGUUAAAAUGUAUGUACUGGUCAUAUUGUGGAUCCAUUAAUGGUACUCAUGUUUAUGUCGCAUUGAGUGUUAGCGUGUGCAUGACAUCUUGUUUGUACUCCAUAGGUUUAGAGUACAAAAUCACCUUUGAACUUGCCUUUAAAAUUAGCGAUUGGUAUUGAAAUCCUUAUACUGACGUCUCGCUCGUGCGUUCGCUGCAGUUCGCGCAGAUGUAUCAGCUUGUGGCAUGACGUUGACAACCAUGUUCAUUUCCCCGUCUGUUGCACGUGUAUUUCCGAAAUCCGCUCCAUGUUGUUACAAGCACCUGUCCAUCACAUUGUUUGUCUAGCAACACUAAUCUAUAUGGCAACCUUACCUGUAAUCCAACACAUUUGUAUGCAUCGACAGAAUAGGACUAAUUUCAUACCACUAUCUGCGUUACAUAUGCACAUGAUAUUUACAAUAGAAAUAAUACUUGGUGUGUAAAUGUAUGCGAUUCCUGAAGUAGAUUUUGAUCCCGCUCACAGCAUUAGUCGAUAGUCGUUAGUGUUCUGUAGAUACCAGGCUAGCUUGACGAUAGCAUUCUUUAUUUAUAAAUCAACAACGUCUCCCAUGCCCAAAACGAAUCAUUGCAUCGCUUGUUGUAGUCCUUGUAAAUAUUUGAAAGCUCUGGCCGUGUCUGGAGAAUGUCAAGUUCGAUUGUUAAACCAUAAUAACCGGUGUCAGUUGUUGAAACUGUAUGUUGUAUUGAAGAUUUUAGGCCUACAUUAUUAGUGUUUUGUAGUUUUUGUUUUGUUGAGAUUCUACUUUUUUAACAGUAUGUGUUUUAUUAUUUGAACAGCGACGAACUAUUUAUUUAGUUAUGGGAUGGGAUAGAAGGAGAAUAGUUGACAUGGAUCUAUAGGGGUUGAAUUUGUCGGUUUCUCCCCUUCCCCACUCCACCCCACGCACGCUCGCAUGAUAUACACAAACCUGUUAUUGUUGAACAUAGAAAUAUUUCUACUACCGAACGUAAAUUGUUCAGCCGAUAAUCUGAAUUUAUCUACAUUUCAUAUUAUAUAUGCACCCUAACCCCUAUCUUCCAUGUUUUAAAAAUGAGGAAAACCAGUCACUUUGUAACGUCUGCAACAGCGCAAGGUUGCAUAUUUUGUAUAGUCUUUAGAUCGCACCGGAUGUUGCGCAAACCACCAGCCUCAAUCCACGCACACAUUAGACUGAAAUGUUCGUUGUUUCCAUCGCGAUUUUAACUUUCAAAUUAUAUCUGUUGUCGGAUAGACCGCACAGGAUAGGCGAUCAAUACUGGAUUUGCCCACGCGUUCUGCCGCGUUUCGAUCGGUUCCGUGUUGCGAACAGUCUGCCGUCAUCUUCAUGAUGGGGGUAUUUUGGGGCAAAAGUGAACGACACUCGCGGCCUACCCGACACCACGUGACUCGUGGACGUCUGUUUAUCGCCAGUACGUUAACCCAUAUAUCGCACCAGUGGUUACCCGUAUUGUCAAUUAGUCAGUAAACCCAUCAUGACUGAAUACGAGGUAAUCCAUAGUACUUUAUACGAUUAAUGGGUCUCCGUUACUUAGCAGCGAUACCUCAUUUGACCGUGGCUCCAAUUUUACACUGAGAGUAAGUACACGUACACCCUGUUGAUGAAAGGACAGGCAAAGACAUAAAAAUUCCAAUACCGUUGGUAAUAUCACCAUAUUGUUAUAUUUUUUUAGCAUUGCGGUCUAGGUUAAAGUGGAUUUUAAUUUCGUGUAUGCAUGCCUAUAGCAUGGUACUUGUUGGGGUGCAUUUUGACUUUGCGAUGCUUGUUACUGGUUACAAACCGACUCUGUUUAGGUGGUGAUUAAACUGUUCAGGAAAUGAUGAACCAGUUAUUCCAGUUAUCUUCAUAAGUCGUUGACAUGUUCCUACUUUACCUCUAUUAUGUCGCACGAUCAAUGAAUGAUUCCCAAAGAAUCGACAUUAGUUAAAACCUCCCCCCCCCCCUCCCGACGAACAUAGUCUCCGCUCCGUAACUAGGUAAUCAACAGCUGCAUCCGUCGAUUUUUAAAAAUUUAAUGUUAUCGCCGUCACGAAAAAAAACCUUUCUAAAAUUAUCUUCACGUCGCAGACGUUUUAUGUCGUCUUAGAAACCUUAUUUGGCGUAUAUUGUGGUCUGCGUCGAUCAAACUUGAAUAACCCUUGUAGUUUUGAUAUGGCGUUACCAUAAACCUUAAACUUUGUAUAUGGAGGAAGCCCUUUCUUCUUCCAUGAUACUCGUCAUGCAGUUGUCGGAGCUAAUGCAUCUCUGGUUAUAAAAACAGUAAUAAAUGACCUCAAAGUAGGCAAGUUAAUUAUCCCUAUUGAUGCACCGUUAAGUCAUCAAAGUAUGGACCCUUCUGUCGAGCUGUUUUCUCGCGGGCAGAACCUUUAAGCGGACAUACCCAAGAUCAAUUCUCCAUUUAGUUCGAUCCGCCAGUCUAUAUACACCUGUGCAAUCGCCCUUAGAGAUGGGUUUUCGAAGUGCAUUCAUGGUCAGACGCGCCGCAGAAACGUUAUCGAUCGUACAAAUUUGGUCCAGCGGUUAGAUUGUAGCGUCACUCGAUUCCUCUCCGUUAACGUAGAUGCAGCUGAAGUAAAUCGGCUUCAUUGAGCGCAGCUACUAGUUAGUGCUAUUCAACCUGCCCUUUCAUGUGCUGCAUCUAACCCCCGCCUGAAGUGAUAAUGAUGGACAAAGCGAUGACCUGACCGCAUUGAAAAUGUGUGGCAAUAGGUCUUGUGGACAAACUGUAUGUAACUCACUACCGGCUGAUGUAACUCAAUCUUCACGACGAACUGGGUCAUGACGUCGUUGGGCUCCGUGUUUAACACAGACCGCCGAUACAUACUGUGAGGUUUUGUAUUUCAAGCCUCUUCGUUGGGAGGAUAUGUAUUUGCAAUCACUUGAAUAUCCUAAAAAAACAUAAGUCCGAAUAAUAUUGAAUAGCAUUCGCUGUUGUGCUAUAUAUUUAAAUAAAGAAAGUAAGGACCACCAGGUUUGGAAAUAGUCUUAAUGGAACUACCUUUCGAUUAAAUGUUGCUGUUUAUUUAAAGAAAUUAUGUUACCAACGACAGUCGAAGAUGCAGGAUAAUGUAGCGUAUUUCGAGUUUCGGACAUCGUGGAUGUGUUGACUGUAUCUAAGGGAUCAUUUGCCUUCUGCUCAUGUUACCGCCUGGUUCAGUGCCCAAACGCGCAUUUGGAAACUGACCCCGGUUUGUUGUUGAACACAGUGUUUCGCUAGGAUGGUUCAUGUUACGACUGGUGAGGCGGAACGCUUAUGAUACUUGUUCUGGGAACAGCUUGAAGUCAAUCUGUCAAUCUGUCGUUAAACUAGCUCCUGCAAUCCACAAAAGUAUUCUAUAGCGAAACGGUCACACUUGAGAGACAGAUAGCAAUGCACUAUUUUAAAUGUUUCUAAGAUAUCGUGCACGCCCUGUUUACCUCUCAACUUCGUUGUCUGUUCCAUGAAAACCACCGUGAUCCAGUCACUCGACAUGUGUGCAGGCGCUGAAUUUGAAUAUUAUUUUUUGGCUCCGAACUAAACGUGUGCUCUCACGAAAUACCCCAGCACACGUUUAUAUUGAGGGUCCCAGCCGGUCCUUGUACUACUGUCUCGAUAUAUGUGGCAGGACAGGUUAAGACGGGUGGCCUUUUUCACUGCAAGGCAUGGCUUUUUAUCUCCUUUACGGUUGAGUAACUCCAUAGAGGGGUGACCUACCCGUCUGCUGAAAACCUUUUGCCAGCUCAUCAUAUUACUGGGGCGGUGGGGUAGCCCACUGAUUAAAGCGUUCGCUCGUCACGCCGAAGACCCGGGUUCGAUUCCCCACAUGGGUACAUUAUGUGAAGCCCAUUUCUGGUGUGCCCCGCUGUGAUAUUGCUAGAAUAAUGUUAGAGCGGCGUAAAACCCAACUCACUCACUCACUCAUCAGUUUACUUCGUCUCGAAAUGCCCUCUACUUAGGUUACAGAAAGAUUUGUUUUCUCAACCAGUCUUCUAGGAAAGGAAGAUAAUAUCCCUUAGCGUUUUACUGUCCAGUUUUUCAACAAAGGUGCCAUGAAGGAAUUACUAAAUUGAUAUCACUGAAGUGUUUUACAGACAAAUUAUCAAUUAUUAACGUCUCUUAGUUUUAAAAAAUUGUAUUUUUGUCGUCCAGGUUAUUGACAUGUUAUGUCACUUAAUAACAUUUGUGUUAUCUGUUACUGUGUUUGAGAUAGAAGCACGAUAAACAAUCACCAUUGUUUGCUCAUUUGAAGUCAGAACUUGGAUCGAUGUCUUUUGGGUCUAUACAAUUUACCUUAUGAUUUGUUUUGUUAAUGAUAUAUAUGUUUUACUUAACGUCCACAAACAAUACUGUUUUGUGGAACUUCACUGAUAUUCCCUAUUCUCAAUUAUGAUGUAUAUUUUAGCAUAGAUCACCUGCUAUUAUGAUAGAUUUAAAACAGCCACGCUUCUCGAUGUCCAAUUUCGUUACAUGUACACACACGUCUUAGCUGUCUGGUGUGUAGCGCAGGUUGUACUUCAGUUUCAUCAAAAUGUCUUUUGUUUUGUGAUAAUGACCCGAAAUAUAGUCCGCCCGUCUCAAAACCAGCCGAACUGCGAAAAUAUGAGUUAUCCGAUAUUUGAUAUUGUCAACUCAGGGGGGGGCGGUGGGGUAGCCUAGUGGUUAAAGCGUUGGCUCGUCACGCCGAAGACCCGGGUCCGAUUCCCCACAUGGGCACAAUGUGUUAAGCCCAUUUCUGGUGUCCCCCGCCGUGAUAUUGCUGGAAUAUUGCUAAAAGCGGCGUAAAACUAAACUCAGUCAGUCAGUCAGUCAGUCAGUCAGUCAACUCAGAAAAAUCGCCCACGAUGGUAAAUAAGAUACUUUUGUUUAAAGGUUUCAACGUGUAAACAAAUCCUGCCUUUGAUUGUUGUCGACGCGGUUUCGUCAAAGGCCAGGGAUGCACGGGAGCUUGCACGGGCGGAUUAUAUUAUCGGGAACUAAUUCGUAUACGUUGUUGUGAUUAUGGCCUGCCAAAGGUGGUCAAUGGUAGAUAUUGUGAGCUACAUUGUCCGCCAUUCUAGCGCCGUCUCAGACCGCGUUGCAGUGUAUCAGAUGUAUCAGGUGCUAUGCGUUGUAUAUGUAUAUUUAUUGUGUGCAAAUCAGCGGGUUAUUUCAACUACAAUUUGCGUCUGUUUUGGGACCAAAGUAAUACUUGUAGCCGCUUUCCAUUUGACGAUUGUAUUUCUUGUAUAGUUGUCAUAUUUUUGAACAAUAUUCCACGUACUUCCAAAAUCAGGGAAGUGAAAUGUCAGAUUUCACGGUGUCAGAUUUCACGGUGUCAACCUGCCUGAACUUGCUGCAAUGUAUACGUGAUGGCUAUUUAUAGAUUAACCAACAACACCUCGUAUGUUUUGUAAUAAUGAGUGCGGUGAUCAGCAUCUGUGACUUUGUGUAUGACAAUGUAUCAUGUGUACUCUAGAACCUCGCUGAUCCGAACUAAUCGGACUAGAUCACAUCUUCUAAACUUAAAAUAACUGAUGGAUAAUGAAAACUAGCUAUUCAUCGUGUAGUAUAACAUGUCCAGCUUGUUGAGGUUCAGAUUUGCGAGGUUCAUUGGUUUAUCUGUAAUGCGUUUGCGUGCAAGGUGCAUCUGUUAUUUUCAUAAUCCUCUUCCUCAAAGCGAUGUCGCGCUAUAUCGAGGAAGAGGAUGAAUUAUACUUUUCAAAUGAAUGCUUAAUAUCCACGACCUCUUUGUUCUUUUCAUUGCUUUAUUUUGAUUACAGAGUUAUUUUCACGAUGUUUAUAUACCAUGAUCUGCUGCCGGUGCGAGCUGUUGAAGUGUAUGUACGGAAUAUUUGUGCAUAGAAACUCUCUGUUUCCUUUAUACAUGGUAGCACGAAGUCUCCGCGUAUACUAAGAAUAUGUUUCAUUUGCAGUGUGUAUUAAGUUCUCAUGUUCGAAAGUCCCUGGCCUUGUGGUAAUGAAGUGAGAAUAAAUUAUUGCUUUUCUAUUAA